CCGUAGUGACGAGAUUGUUGUGCUUUUGCAGAAAUCCGUGCUUCGAACUGUAGGCGGCCGUGUCACUCGGCUCCCCGGGACCUUUGGGGCAGCUUCUGAGGGCGGGGACGAGUUCACGCCGUUUAGUCACUGCUGGAGGUCGUCGCACGGGUAAUGAGGAGCGGUUGGUUAAUGAACCUCAGUGAUUUUAAUUCUGUUGAACUGGAUUUGGUUGCUGAAUGCGCCCCCAUUUCACUCUUGUGUGGUCCGAGACUGGGUGGUGUGAGAAAGCGGGCUGGGGUCACGUAUUAACCCCUGUCACCAGGGCGAGGGCCGUGGUGCCUUGCGGCGUGGGGGAGACCAAGUCAUGCUGGCGGGAGACGCGGCAUAGGAUCUUGCUUUGGGGAGCUCUGUUUCUUAACCGCCUUUCUGCUCAGCCAUGUCGCCGACUCCAGCUGCAGCCCAGGCUUCUGUGUCGGUCUCCCUGUUUGACCUCAAGGCGGAUACUCCGGUCCUUCAGGGCCUGCGCCUGGUGAGCCACGCUCCCGGGGAGGCUCUGGCCCAGGCUCUGCAGGUUUCCUGUCCAGGUUCAGGGGAGAGAAUAAGCCCAGAAAGAAAACCACUCCAGGGUCCUCUGGAUAUUUCAGAGAAGUUGUUUCGUUCAACCUGUGACCAGACCUUCCAGAACCACCAGGAACAGAGGGAACAUUAUAAGCUUGACUGGCAUCGGUUUAACCUAAAGCAGCAUCUCAAGGACAAGCCUCUCCGGUCUGCCCUGGACUUUGAAAAGCAGAGCUCCACAGGAGAUCUUUCCAGCAUCUCAGGAUCAGAAGACUCGGACUCAGCCAGUGAGGAGGACUUGCAGAUACUGGAUGAGGAGAGGGCUGAGUUUGAGAAGCCUGACCGACCCCGAGGCUUCCACCCCCAUCGGGUUCUUUUUCAGAAUGCCCAGGGCCAGUUUCUUGAUGCCUAUUGCUGUGUCCUAGGCCCUCGCCAGGCAAGUGCCAGCACAGCAGAAGUGCUGCUACAAAACCUGAAAAGCGGAGGUCCCAGGGACUGCAUUGUGCUCAUGGCUGCCGCUGGGCACUUUGCUGGUGCUGUUUUCCAAGGACAAGAAGUGUUGACACACAAAACCUUUUACUGCUACACAGUGCGGGCCAAGUGGGGCACAGCCCAGGGGCUUCAGGAUGCCCGGGGUGCAGCUUCCCGCUCUGCUGGAGCCAACCUGAGGCGCUACAGUGAAGACAUGCUAUAUAAGGAUGUUCGUGACCUGCUGGCAGGGCCAGACUAGGCUAAGGUGCUGGAGAAGGCUGGGACGAUACUGAUGCGUGCACCCCGCUCUGGCCGGUCCUUGUUCUUUGGAGGCCAUAAGGCUCCCCUGCAACGGGAUCCCCGACUUUGGGAUAUCCCCCUCACUACCCGCAGACCCACCUUCCAAGAGCUACAGCGUGUGCUCCAUAAGCUGACCACCUUGCAUGUCCACGAAGAACACCCCUGGGAGACAGUCAGGUUGGAUUUACCUCAGACAAACUGGAAGACAAUGAGAGGAAGGAAGGCCAUUGAGGAAGAAAGAAAGGUCCGCAGUGAUGAAAAUGAGGCACUCGGGCGGAAUGCGGAAGCUCCCAAACAGGGUUCAGAGUCAGAGGGAGAGGAUGGCUCCCAGGUAGAGUUGGAGCUAGUAGAGGUGACACUGGGGUUGCUGGAUCUUUGUGAAUUUGAGGUAUUGCCCAAGCAGAGGAGUAGAAAAAGGAAUAAGAGGGAGAGAAACCAAGACCUGGAGGCUGGGGCGCAAAUGACUCUUUCCCAGCAACCUCAAGAAGAUGAGGCCUUUUCAGAGUCAGCCCCUUUGGGGCCUUCCCCAGAUGAGGCCAAGUCCCCUGGUCAGCCGGAGCUCUGGGAUGUGCUCUUGGCUGCUUGCCAAGCUGGAGGGGGGAUGCUGAAGCUCCAGCUAGCUGCCAGCCCCCUAGACCCUGGAGUUCUGUCUCUGCUCAGUGCCCCCUUGGGCUCUGGUGGCUUCACCCUCCUGCACGCAGCCGCCACAGCUGGGAGAGGCUCAGUAGGUGAUGUUGAACUCAUUUUUUGGGUUUUCGCACCUAGGGACUCCCGGACCCGGCCACCGUACACGGUUGCAGCUGACAAAUCAACACGUGAUGAGUUCCGGAGCUUCAUGGAGAAGAAUCCAGAUGCUUAUGAUUACAGCAAAGCUCAGGUGCCAGGGCCACUGACAGCAGAAAUGGAGGCGCGGCAGGCCAUUCGGAAAAGGGAGCGGAAGGCAGCCCGGCGGCACCGGCAGGAGCAGCAGUGGGAGCAAGGAGAGCAGCGGAGAUUUGCUGCCCUCAGCGACUGAGAGAAGGGAGCUCUGGCUGCAGAGCACCAACUAGCUGCCCGUUUGGGAGCCCCUACCCCUCAGGUCCCUGACCCUGCCAUCAUCAGUGUUCGACGCCACUGGAGCUGUGGGACAUCCCUCCAAGGCCUCAUAUUCCCUUUCACUACUUUGACUUCUUUCCUCUCCACACGCUGCCUCCAGGAUCAUCGCUGUCGGGCUGGGAAGCCCUCUUCCUGAUCUCUUACAGCUCCACCUGGGGCCAACUCUAGGCUCUGAGAGGGCACAUACACACUGGCCCCCUCUGGUUUCUUCUUCCCCACGAAACCAGAGAGUAUUUGGAAGAUUGAGGUGAGGGACAUUCAGGAACCAGGGCCAUAGAGGUGUGUGGAGCUGGUACUGGCUCUUGAAUUUUAAUCACAAUGAAGUUUGGCAAGGAAACUGCACUUGUACUUACA